CUCAGUGUUCUGCUGUGUAUUGACAAGUCAAGAAAUCUCAGCCAAGAUGAACUGGAAACAAGUCCUGUUUCUGUCUUUUGCUGCAGCAGUGGUGCUUCUAGCAGUCUUCCAGGUGGCUGAAAGUGCUGCAGUGAGAAGCAGAGAUGAUGGGGCGGCUGACAAGAAAGAAAGCUUGAAGAAGAUCUUCGUGCCGGGAACCGACGCUUCCAACUUCUUCAAGAAACGUGGCAAGAGAUCAACCAAGUCCCAGGAUGAAAUCAAUGCUGAGAACCGGCAGAGACUGUCCGCAGAUGAACGCAGGAGGGAGUACUACGAGGAGCAGAGGAAUGAGUUUGAGAACUAUGUAGAGGAAGAACAGGAUGAGCAAGAAGAACGCACUCGUGAACAGGUUGAACAGUGGCGUCAGUGGCACUAUGACGGACUCUCCCCUUCCUACAUUUACCAGCGUCAAAACAUUUAAGAGAAUGUAGAAUGAAUGUACAUAACAGUUUUGCUGUAACAGCAUCUUCACUUUAGAGUACUAAUAUCCAAUGAGCACAAGCUGUACGUUCCUCGCCAGGUUACUGUAUUAUUUGUAGGCUAAUUUCUUUU